GGGUCUUCUCUUCCCGCUGACGUCGGGCUGGCAAGCUCCGGGGCGCGGACCCAGCGCCAUCGCAACCUCUGGUCAGCGUCGCGGAGCUGAAAUGACAGUCAGUGCCCAGGGUUGUUAUUGUUGUUCAUUUGUCAGUGCCGGUGUUCUUUGAACUCCGGCAACUGCAGCCUGCGCUGGGCAUGCAAGGAGGGUGGCUCUGAUGGGACGCGGGGAUCAUUCCUUCCGACCUGCGGGGCCUGGACCGGUUAGGGGCUCCCCAAGAUCCGGGAGGUCCCGGAUCCCUCCCUCCGGGCGAGCUCUUCCCUAACUAGAAGUAAUUUGGCAGCGCAAUUUGGUUCCUAAAGACGGCAGAAGAGGAAUAGUUUUCCAGGUCUCCAGGCAAAAUUGAAUUUAGAAGAAGGGUGCCUACUGGGAUUUUAGGAACUUCACCAAGGCACCCCCGACAAAAGCCUUCAUCUGCCUCAUGUGGAGUAACUGUAACAGGAGGACGCAUUUUAUUCCCCAGUGAGAUCCCGGGAGUAGUAACAAACAAACAAUAACGUUCUAUUAAUAUGAGAUUCUUUCCAAGAAUAUGGUAGUUUGGCUUUGGUUUGAAUUGAUGGCGAGAGAGAGGGGCGUGGCAAACCUGCGGUUUGACUCGCGAACUUGUUUUUACCAAUUUGCUUUCAUACUUCCCCUAACCCUCAAGAGGAAGUCCUCUGCUGAGCACAGACAUGAAAGUUCUAACCACCUGUUAAUUUGGAUCAUACACAACCAAAUGGAUGGGAGCAAUUGGUCUUGGCAAGUCCAGAAACACAGAUUGAGUAACUAGCUAAUCUAGAGAGGGGAAUUGUCAUGAGCUAAGUUAAAAGAAGUAUUUAGCUGUAUGUUAAACCCCUCCUCCAACACCCCCUCUCCCUGUUAGGAAGUGCAAAAUGGAAUAAACUGAUUUUAAGUAAGUAUAAGCUAUCUUUAUAUGUAAAAAUAGCUCCAUGUUUUCAAAUGAUUUCAGAAGCCUACACCAUGUACCUUUGUCGCGUCCAGCUUGUCAAGGACUGGGGAGUGCAAGAGGGGCGGCGAAGGGUUAAGAAAGACAAGAGCCAAGUAUCAGGUUAAUGAGGGCCAGGGGACUCAAAUCUCUCGUGGACUGAGCCCCGAAUCAGGCGGACGCAACGCUUUUAUUCUCUAAAGUUACAUGGCAAUAAAUUCCAAUCUGUUAAGUUUGUGUACCUAGCAGCUGUCUUCCGGAAGCCCCACAUAUUGCGCCUUCACACACACACACAACCCCAGGAGAUGGACUCAGCAUCGAGACCAUCUGAUAAGGAAGCUUUACUGAGAUCAUUCCUUCGGGUCUCAGCAUUCCGAGACACUUCCUUAUAACUUCAUGGGAUCAGCGUGCGGGAACACUCGGUUGGGCAGCUGCCAGCUUACAUACCUUAGGUUACAUAUGAGGAUAAUUUACUAAAACAUCAAGCUAUGCAGAAAAACUUCAAGAGGAACAAUAAUUCAAGAGUUUCUGACAUAGAAUUGAACUCUGUGGAUGCUGAGAAGGAAAACAAAGAGAGUCAAAAUAAGUUUUUUGAACUGCUACCUCUAGAAAUUUAUAUACGAAUUUUCAGUCAGCUGGACAUGCGGAGUUUGUGCAGGGCUUCAAUGACAUGCAAGAGAUGGAAUCGCACAAUAAAAACCACUGACUCCUUAUGGAAACCUCAUUGCUUGGCUGUAAGAGCUGUGUGCAGAAGAGAAAUAGAUGAUGACCUAAAAAGUGGUUAUUCCUGUAGGGACACACUACGGAGGAAUUACCAGAAGAGUAAAGUGAAACUUGAAUGGUUAAGCGGGAGAUACAGCAACAUAUGUUCUCCUGUUAGCCUACCAGAAAAAAUCAUGUACCCGAUGGAUGCAGAAACAUGGGGGGAAAUUCUAGAAGCAGAACUGAAAAGAUAUGUACAAAAAUCACAAUCAGAUCUCAUACCUUUGAGACUUUAAAACUAAAAUGACUCUGAGAUUGCAAAAGGUAUAGUUUUAUCUAUUCAUUUUUUUGUUCACCUUUUUAAAUAUUUAACAUUUAAAAGAAAACUAAGUAGAAAAUAUUAU